AUGAGUGGCGACCAAAUUUCAACUGAAGACAUUAUGUUGAUUUGUGUAGAACCUGUCAACAUAGAUUCGACAUUCAUAGAUUAUUUUGAACAGAAUGGAAUGAAUGUAUAUAACUUCGAAGAUAUUGACGAAUGUAUUGAAUAUAUUUUGUCACUUGAUCCAGAAGAUGUUUUUGUUUUUGUGUGGCUUGGUCUUGGAUGGAAUCAUCUCAUUCCUAUUUUACACGAAUUUGAACACAUUAACUGUGUGUAUCUCACUGAACCUACCCAUUAUAGUUUCAUAUCUAAAGUUCAUGGAGUAUAUACUCAUCCUGGCGAAUUACUUCAACAACUUAUUCGAGAUAUACGAAUCUGUAAUCAAAAUAGUUCAACACAUUUGAAUAUGUUUUACAACCAGGAAACAUCAACAAUUCAUAAUCCACAAGGAACUAUCGUUCAAUCCCUAUGGUCUGAAUUACUUUUAAUAUGUUUACUUCGAAUGCCCCGACCUUCUGCAGAUGUUUAUAAAGACGUGAUAAAAGAAGCGCGGUUCUUCUAUCGCAACAAUGCAGUUCAGCUUGCCCAAAUCGAUGCUUUUGAAAAGAACUAUCGUCGUGAAGAUGCAAUCCGCUGGUACUCGCGUAAUUCAUUUGUUUAUCGAUUAGUGAACAAAGCUCUUCGAACUCAAAAUUUGGUAAUCCUUUUCAAAUUUCGAACUAUCAUUAAAGAUAUCUACGAACAGUUAACGAAGUUGUACCAUGAACAAUACUUUACUGGAAAAACGGAAAAUAAAGCAUUGUCGACAAUUACAUUAUUUCGCGCAAUGAAACUGACAUCUGCGGAAAGUAACCAGCUUCGAUCAUCGAAAAAAGGUUCAAUUAUAUCGAUAAAUUCAUUUACAUCUGCAUCAAUCAAUCCAGCUGUAGCAAUAGCAUAUUUGGGUGAUGACUCAGAGAGAGAUGUUAUGUUGGAGAUUGUCAUUGAUAGAAUGUCACUCAAGUCAGACACUCUACCGUUUGCGGCGAUUCAUUCAUUCAGCAUGUUCUCAGAUGAAGAAGAAGUGUUACUAUCAAUGGGAACUAGACUGCUAAUCGAAUCAGUAACGACCAAUGAUCAGUAUAAGAAUAUUUGCAUUAAAACUCGAUUGUGUUAUGAAAUGGACGAGACAAUGAAAGAACUGAGAACAUAUAUUUUAGAAAAACAGUUGUAUCAUGGAAUGGAUCAGUCUUACUAUAUAAAUCAACUUUUUGGACUUCUCAUCUCGACAGGUGACAUGAAACAACUAAAUCAGAUGCGAUCAGUAUUUGAGCUGAAUCAUCAGCAAUCUCUAAAAACCGUUUGUGAAUCGAUUAUCAAAGUACAAAGCUCAAUAAGAGAUUUAGCCUAUGGAGAUGAUCCUGAUCUCAAUUCAUUGAAAAUGGUUUCGAAUUUAUUCACAUCGAUAGAUGCUUUAAUACGUGACGUAGAUAAAUCGGGAACAGUGCAACACUUGUUGGCGCCGCUCUUCCAGGGGUUGACGAAUAUUUCACAUACUAGCGAGUCUGUUGGUUACUUAGAGACAAUGCGACAACAAAUGCCAAAGAUAGUUUCCUUAUUGAAAGAAGCGAUUAAAAUGUUCGAGAUGCCUCCAUCACAUCCUGCAGUCGCAAGUCUUCGAUAUGUAAUAUGUGCCGUUGAAAGUCUACAAGACAAUCAUAUGAAAGCCAUAGAAUACUUUGAUAGAGGAGAUGCAUCUCCUUCAACUUCCACAGUGCUUAAUCAAAUAGUACAAUCACCACUAAUGCUUGCAAAUAUUGUAAAAAGCGCCAAUGUACUCGGCAACCGUGAUUGCUCAGAAAAGAUUAUAGCAGAUCUCCAUGAUCGCACGAAUCCUACCGUUGAAAUAAUUUUCACUUUAGCUGAGCACUAUGAUCAGAUAAAAGACUGGUCUAUGGCAAUUAUAAACUAUCGCCGUAUAAUCGACGAAUGCAACUUACCGCUUAAUUCAAUAUCAAUUAUUGUAGCUUAUAAUCAUAUUGGUAGCGCUUUCUGCGAAUUAAACGAUUUCGAAUCAGCAUUACUCAAUUUUAACCAAGCCCAUCAGCUCUUGCUGCAACAUCAUCCACCUACACAUCCUCUUUUGUCCCGAACACAAAUUCUGAUUUCGACAACACAGUUGAAACAAAUGUGCUGGAACAGCUUCCCCAAUUAUUAUCUUAAUCAUCAAUCAUGA